UCCUCUCCCUUAAAUCACAUUCUGCGAUCCUUCCUACUCAACUGAAAACUUCAAUCCCAGAUACAAUAAAAUCUAGUACAGACCGGAAAACCUCAUCAUCAAGCCAACAUGUGCUCCGCAGAUAUCUUUCUCGGUCUCAUCGCCAUCCUCUUCCCCCCUCUUGCUGUCUGGGUCAAGUGCGGCAUCUGCUCGGCCGAUUCUCUCAUCAACAUCUGCCUCUGCAUGCUCGGGUUCAUUCCAGGACUACUCCAUGCGUGGUAUAUCAUCGCGAAGCACCCUGAACACGACUACGACUCGGUUCCCAACGAUGCUGAGUCUGGCCGUGUGACAUACAUCAUCGUUGACGGUAACCGCCGAGUUGCGAAGCCUACUAGACCUCAAGCACCAAGUGGCGGAUACGGAACCACAGCCCCUAUGGCGCCUCCACUCCACCAGAAUCAAAACGGCACCUGGAACAACAAUGCCGCAGAGGGAAGCAGUGGGGGUGCGGUACCACCUACCUAUGCCGAGGCUGUGAAGGGCGACAACAAGAUCCAGACCAGGGAUUGA